GUUUAUACUCGAUUUGUAGUCUUUAAAUGCUCUUAAUCGCUUCUAAAAUAUUACAGAUAAUAGAGGAUGAUAAUCUAAGCUACAAGACGAUACGAGAAAUACGAGUGUGCCCAAAAAUAAAUCAGCAAAUUAACGGCUGGUGAAAAUUUAAAAUCUCACGAACGAGUUAACGUUCCCUUAAAAAACGUGGAAAUUUGGCAAAUUUUCUUUGAAUUAAAUAUUUCCACGAUUAGCGAUAGAUUCAGGCUCUAAUCUGGAUUCAAUCAUCAUAUAAUAGUCAAAUCAUCAAGGUGUUAAUAUUGUGAAAAGUAUAUAGUUAUCAAAAUGAGCUUCAACGACGAUUCAAGUGCUGAUAGAAAUGUGGAAAUUUGGAAAAUUAAAAAACUUAUUAAAAGUCUGGAACUAGCAAGAGGAAAUGGUACGAGUAUGAUUUCACUCAUCAUUCCACCAAAAGAUCAGAUUUCGAGAGUCAGUAAGAUGUUGGCAGAUGAAUUCGGAACAGCUUCCAAUAUAAAGUCCAGAGUGAACCGUUUAUCUGUAUUAGGUGCCAUUACAUCGGUCCAACAUAGAUUAAAAUUAUAUACCAAAGUGCCUCCAAAUGGUUUGGUUAUUUACUGUGGAACAAUUGUGACUGAGGAAAAUAAGGAAAAGAAAGUCAACAUUGAUUUCGAGCCGUUUAAGCCAAUAAAUACCUCAUUAUAUCUAUGUGACAACAAAUUUCAUACAGAAGCACUUACGGCACUUCUAGCUGAUGAUAAUAAAUUCGGUUUUAUCGUUAUGGAUGGUAAUGGUGCACUUUUUGGAACACUACAAGGAAACACUCGCGAAGUUUUACAUAAAUUCACUGUGGAUCUUCCGAAAAAGCACGGUCGUGGUGGUCAGUCAGCUCUUCGUUUUGCACGUCUUCGAAUGGAAAAACGUCACAAUUAUGUGAGAAAAGUAGCCGAAGUUGCAACUCAAUUAUACAUUUCAAACGAUAAACCUAACAUUGCUGGACUCAUUCUUGCUGGUUCUGCUGAUUUCAAGACCGAACUUAGUCAAUCUGAUAUGUUUGAUCCUAGAUUGCAAGCUAAAAUUAUUAAAUUAGUUGAUGUUUCUUAUGGCGGUGAAAAUGGGUUUAAUCAAGCAAUUGAAUUGGCAGCAGAAUCACUACAAAAUGUCAAAUUUAUUCAGGAAAAGAAACUUAUUGGACGUUAUUUCGAUGAAAUAUCACAGGAUACCGGAAAAUAUUGUUUUGGUGUUGAAGAUACAUUAAAGGCACUCGAACUUGGUGCUGUCGAGAUAUUAAUUUGCUGGGAGAAUUUGGAUAUUCAAAGAUAUGUUCUUAAAAAUGCUGGAAGUAAUGCACAAACAAUUUUACAUUUAACGCCAGAACAAGAAAAGGACAAAUCACAUUUUACUGAUAAAGAGAGCGGAGCCGAGUUAGAAUUGUUGGAAUCACAGCCGCUUUUGGAAUGGCUUGCAAACAACUACAAGACUUUUGGUGCAACAUUGGAAAUCAUCACAGACAAGUCACAGGAAGGAAGUCAGUUUGUGCGCGGUUUCGGUGGAAUUGGAGGUGAGUUUCGACUGUGCUCAAUUGUAAAAUAAGCAUACGAAUUUUGUUUAUUGCUCUACGAUAUUUUUGUAUGUGGUGUUUGGGAAAAUUGUGUUGUAGCUUUUUCGAGCUACUUUUUGAUAUGCUCCAUUUGAAGUGGAUUUUUAGAAAGUAAGCUAGUGAACAUGGCGCAUUUUUGGACUUGAUUGUCAUUAGAGUAAACAUAAAUCUCACUGGAUUUACAAUGAUUAUCAAUUCUAAAGUGCGACAAAUGAUUUUUCCCGCUCCAUCAUAUGACUUGCUCAUUACAUACGACCAAUGACUAACUCAUAAUCAUUAUCAUCUAAUGCGAAUUGUCACAAUAAUUUUCCUCGUUUAUUUCUUCUCUCUCUUUUUUAAUCCUUCACUAACAUGCACACACGAUUGUUUGAUCCCACGCUUUGUAUAUCAAAUCUCAAAACCUUUUUACUUUUACUCUAUCCUCCUUUCUUGAAUUAAUUCAAUCGUACAUGAGCAGGAAUCUUACGCUAUAAAGUUGAUUUUCAGUCUCUGCAAUCCGAUGAGCCGCUUGAUGUCGAUCUUGAUGAUUACUAAAUGACUUUUUUUUAAAAAAAAUCCCUAUAAACUAACAAUGAACCUAUCAUAAACAGUGGAAAAUGUUUCGUACAAGCUAGAAAUCUAUAGAUAGAGUUAUAAAACUUAUUUUUAUUUACAAAAAAUAUUGAAAUUCUCGAAGAAUUUUCCACUUUUAUGACAACAACAUGAGAAAGCUUUUAACAUAAUUUUAAGGACAUAAAUGCUAAAAAAACAUUAACAGUGGAAGGAAAGGUAUGAAGAUGUUUUAUUGCAUUUUUUUCCUCCUUUUUUUCGUUCAUGCUCUUUCGUUGGUUUUUAAUUUUG